AGAACUUGUUUGAGCAGCCCUCACAGGGGAGAAGCAGUCUGGUUUUGGGCCGCAAGUAGAUUUAGAACGAGAUCCGAGAUGAGAUAAUCUUACACGGCUGCGUCUUCGAUUGUUUUUCACUUCUCCCGGGUUUAUGGACCAUUCCAAAAACGCCGCAGCUUUUGGAGGACAACUUUGCCCACAGGGGAGGAUGCGAGUUCUCUUUGGAUCAAAUAUCUGCAAUUGAGCUUUUCGCGGAGGAAGGAAAGUCGCGAAAGUCAUGGACGCGUUUGUGUUGUGAACGUGGGGCCGCGAAGUGGACAUGAAAGACGUGCGGUGUUCACACGCAUCACGUUAAAAGGAAUACUGAUAACAGGUAAUGGCGUCAAAUUGAUUUCUGACGGAUGAGUUGAGUUACCAAUUUCAGAGAUGGAAGGCACUCUUGGUUUCACAGUGGCACUAGUUGGACUGUUGCUGUUAAUGUCUGCGUGCUAUGCAGAUUCAAAGGAUGACGGGAAGCUGCUGUGUACGUGCGAGAAUGAAAAAGGAACGUGCGUGAACGACACAUGCAGGGGGGACAUCUGCUUCUACACGUGGGUGCACGGCCGCGAGGAGAAGGGGUGCUUCUUCAACCGCAACUACAGAGAGCAGUGCUUCACGUCCUUUGAACGCUUCCACGUCUACUGCUGCAAAGAGAAUCAAUGCAAUGCCUUUGCAACGCCACCUCCAAACAUCAACGGCGAGAAGACCACAAUAGCGCCACAGCAAACCCGCCCAGAGCUGUGGAUCACUCUGGCGCUGCUGCUCUUUUUCAUGGCUGCCAGUUUGUGCGGCCUGCUGAUCUUCCUGCGCUUCCGGCGCAUGCACUUCCACCUUAAAAAUGCCGACGACCACGAGGUCACCAUGUGCAAAGUCCCGAACGGAGAAGACCCCACUUACGGUGGUAUAUAUGAUGAGUUCUGUACAUCAGGGAGUGGGACUGGGCUUCCCUAUCUGGUCCAAAGGACUAUGGCCAGGCAGAUUUCUCUUGUCGAAUGUGUUGGUAAAGGCAGGUAUGGCGAGGUGUGGAGGGGAACUUGGAUGGGGGAGAAUGUAGCAGUAAAGAUCUUUUCCUCAAGAGACGAGCAGUCCUGGUUCAGAGAGACUGAGAUCUACAAUACUGUGCAGCUUAGGCACGACAACAUCCUGGGUACUGCGCUACAUUUUGUACCAGCAGAUGUGCAGUAUCAGGCAAAACCCCAAUUCUGUAAACAGCUGUCUUCUAUUCUCACUUCAGGUUUCAUAGCCUCUGAUAUGACAUCCAAGAAUUCCAGCACACAGCUGUGGCUCGUCACCCACUUUCACGAGCUGGGUUCGCUCUACGACUUCCUGCAAUAUAGCAGCUUAGAGCCCGAGAGCUGUCUGAAGAUGUGUCUGUCCGUGGCCUGUGGCCUGGUCCACCUCCACACCGAGAUCGUCAGCUCCCAGGGAAAACCUGCCAUCGCCCACCGGGAUUUGAAAAGCAGAAAUAUCCUGGUGAAGAGGAACGGCCAGUGCUGCAUCGCUGACCUUGGUCUGGCGGUGAUUCACUCUCAGUCCAGUGACUAUCUGGAUAUGGGCCACAACCCUCGUGUGGGGACCAAACGCUACAUGGCGCCUGAGGUGCUGGAUGAGAGCAUACGAAUGGAUGUCUUUGAAUCUUACAAGCAAACAGACAUCUGGGCCUUGGGCUUGGUCUUCUGGGAAAUUUCACGCAGAACAAUCGUCAAUGGGAUUGUGGAAGAGUACCGUCCUCCCUUUUUUGACCUGGUGCCCUCCGAUCCCAGCUUUGAAGAGAUGAAGAAAGUAGUCUGUGUGGACCAGCAGAGGCCCAGCUUGCACAACCGGCUGCACUCCCACCCGAUAAUGUUGUCCAUAGUGAAGAUCAUGAAGGAGUGUUGGUUCCAGAACCCACCAGCUCGCCUCACAGCACUCCGAGUGAAGAAGACUCUCUCCAAACUAGACCAUGACAGUGACUUCAGCGAGAAGAAACUCAAACAGGAUAUCUAGACUACAAGAAGCAGACCCAAUGAGCUUGAAAUGAUUUUGUGCCACAUUCCCACCAGUACAUUGGUGAAUAUCACCAUCAUAUAAGAUGUUCAUGACUCACACACAUACUCCAUUUUAUUCUAACAAUAUUUUCAGCAGUAGUUUAAAUCUUUUGCUCCGUGGGCUAUUUGUCUUCCCCCUGACCAGAUGGUGAAAGAGACUUUUGCGAUGAAUAAGAAUUACUAUGCUCAACAUAGCACAACGCCUGUUCCAUAAGCACCUUUUGACAUUUUUAAUAGCACAGACACUUGAGUAUGUAGUUGUGUAUAUACUGUGUAGGGAACACAAUUUAUUAAAAAGUAUUGUUCUAAAUUUUGUCUCUUGAAAACAAAAAGGUUUGUAUCUGUUUUAUUAUAUAUUUUAAAUAAAGUCAUAUUUUUCAAGUGUUUUAACUUGAUUUACAGUAUGGGCUGUAAUCAAAUGUAAUCAUAUUUCUGACCACUAGAUGUCAUCAAACAUCGGUGGAAUAGAAGCGAGAGUAUUUAGUUUUGCAGGUUAAUGAUUUGUUUUUAAUAAAGGGAUUACUGGCAUUGGAGAGGAAUGAUUUUAUGGAUAAUAUAAUAAUAUCAAUAUUCACAUUUCCUCUUAGUAUCUUGUAUUACAUUUGAAAACAAACAGGAAAUCCAAAACAAGACGCCAAUGAAAUUAAAAGCUCAAAUGGAAUAAGAAAUAAAUAACUUUCCCCUAUGGGACUAAUGAAGUAAAAAAGCAAGAUUGUGUGUUUAUUUCUCACAUGCUCAAAACGGUUGCAUCUGCCAAAUGGUUAAGCGUUGUUUUCAUCAUGAUCUAUUUUCUAUGUCCCAUUUAUUCUGUUUGGACUCACCAAUUUGAAGAGCAAACACGGUCACACUGGAGCAUGAAACAGUGAAUUUAAUGUGAAGCAAAUCAGU